AUGGCCAAACGCGUCAGCAAAAGGGGCAGCAAGUCUACCAAGCUCCAGAACGGCCUCCUCAACAAGAAGGCCGCCGACAAAGAGGCUGCUGAAGCCCCUGAAGCCCCUGAAGCUCCUGAAGCUCCUGAAGUUCCCAAGAAGGAGUACAACAUCAGCGAUGCCUUGCGCCAGGCGGUCUUGGACCUCGGAGGAGACGAGGGAGAUUUCGAUCUGAUUGAUGGUGUCGAUGAUGAUGAUGAGGCUCCAGCUCAAAAGAAAGAGAGUAAAGGGCCCAGCGACAAGGAUUUGAAGAAGGAGCUCGGGGAUUUCAUGAAGGGGCUGGAUUUUGGAAGUAUCGAGGUUGCUCCUGUGGAAUCGAGCGAAGAAGCGAGCGACGAGAGUGAAGAGGAGGAAGAAGGGUCCGAAGAUGAAGAUGAGGAGGAGGAGGAGGAGGAGGAAGAUCAUGACGAAGAGGAUGAAGAUGAGGAUGAAGAUGAGGAUGAGGAUGAGGAGGAGGAUGAGGAGGAGGAGGAGGAAGGAUCAGCAGAGGAAGCAGCCCCGAAACCUGUAGAUGUCGCCCCUGUCAAGAGCAUCAAAGAGUCUUUGACUCCCAAAGCUGCUCCGGCUGCGUCUGACCCUGACAGCACGAGCGGUGUGAAUGUACCCGCUUCGACUUCCUGGCCCGCUCUUAUUCCUCCACUCGAACCGGUCGCCUCUGUGUCCAAACUCGGUCCUCACGACCUCAACAAUCUCAGACAGCGAGCCACCAACCUUCUCGAAACCCUUCCCGCUCUCCACCGAUCCUCUUCCUCUGCCGACAAGGCUUUCAUCACCCAGAUUCUGCAAUCCGGUACCCACCAGGAUAAGCUGUCUGCUUUGGUCCUGAUCGUUCGGGAAAGUCCCGUUCACGGUGUGAAGGAGCUCGACAAGCUUCGAGCUAUGGCAGGAUGGAAGGAAGACGGCAUCGGCGGGGGUGGUAACAAGGACCAGAGAGUAGCUGUCGUCAAGGCGUUGGCGGAUUGGUGGGUGUUUGGCGGAGGAAAGCAAGCUGGCAAGCUGCGCUACUUUGCCGACCAGCCUCUGUUGGCUCACCCCAAAAUUACCGAUCGUCACCUCUUGAUGUUUGCCUUCGAAGACUACUUGAAAAAGUGGUUCUUCAGCAUUCUGCAAGUGCUCGAGGUCUUGUCACACGACACACUUCCCUUCGUCAGGACACAGGCCCUGCAUAUCAUCUUCCGACUCUUGGCUGGCAAUGCCGAGCAGGAGCAGAAUUUGCUGCGUUUGGGUGUCAACAAACUCGGUGACACCGACAGACCCGUCGCUUCCAAAGCUUCCCACCACAUUCUUCAACUCCUCCAGGCCCACCCCGCCAUGAAGACCGUUGUUGCCCGUGAAGUUUCCGGCCUCGUCCUAAAGCCUUCCGGUGCAUCUGGCCCGGCUGCCUCUUCUUCCCACAUCAAAUUCGACGAUGACAAGAAGAAGGCCGCUCAGCCUCCUGCAAAGAGUGACGGUGUGGAGCAUGGGAGAUACUAUGGGUUGAUCACGUUGAACCAAAUGACUUUGACGAGGCAGGAUCAGGACGUUGCUGGAAAGCUCGUGGACCUCUACUUUGAGGUCUUUAGGGAGAUUCUGGGUGAUCCUAAUGGACCUGAAGAGGAAGAGAAGCCCGUGGAGGAGCAGGAGAAGGUUGAGAAGGUAGCUGGAAAGGUCGAAAAGUGGCGCGGACGUCGCAAGGGUGCCAAGCCAAAGAACGGUCGAAAGACUGCUUUGGAGGAAGAGGAGGAGUUGAUCGAGACGACAAAGGCCAAGCUAGUCGCUGCCGUUUUGACUGGUAUCAACCGUGCUCUUCCCUUUGCCAAGCUCGACGAAACCAUGUUCACCACCUACAUGGACACCCUCUUCAAAAUCACCCACGCCGGCACUUUCAACACGUCUAUCCAAGCCCUUCAACUCAUCUUCAAGGUCUCUACUACCGAAAGCGAGAGCCAGCAGACGGUCUCCGAUAGGUUCUACCGAACCCUUUACGACUCGCUGUUUGACCCGAGACUGGUCACUUCAAGCAAGCAGGCAAUGUACCUCAACCUGUUGUUCAAGGCGAUGAAGGCGGACCAGAGUGUUGCCCGGGUCAUGUCGUUUGUGAAGCGUUUAUUGCAAAUGCUGUCGUUGCACCAGCCACCAUUCAUCUGUGGUGCUCUCUAUCUUCUAGGCGAGCUCUUCAGUGUCACUCCUGUCCUCAAGAGGAUGCUCAUUGAGCCCGAGGAUGAUGGCGAGGAGCACUUUGUUGAUGCUGACGGCGACAAACCUGCUGUGCCCACUGCUCAAUCGUCUAGUGUCGGAAAGCAGUAUGAUGGCAGAAAACGCGAGCCUAAAUAUGCCAACGCUGAAACCAGUUGCCUCUGGGAACUUGCACCCUUCCUCAACCACUUCCAUCCCUCCGUCUCCCUUCAAGCCCACCAGCUCCUCACCUCUCAACCGGUCACCGGCUCUCCCGACAUCUCCCUCAACACCCUCAUCGCUUUCUUGGACCGAUUCGUCUACCGAAACCCCAAAAAGACUAUCCAGCCCAAGGGUGCUUCCAUCAUGCAGCCAGCUGCUGCGAGCGACAAGACGGGUAUGAUUGUCAAGGGCGAAGGCGAAGCGGGUGUGAUGGUCAACAGCGAGGCCUUCUGGAGGAGAAAGAUUGACGAUGUCCCGGUGGAGAUGAUGUUCUUCCACAAGUACUUUGCGGAGAAACUCAAGAGGAAAGAGGGUAUGGGCAAGGGCAAGAAGGGUGUGGAAGAGUCUGAAGCGGAUGAAAGCGAAGAAGGCGAGGAUGAGGAUGAGGAGAUGAAGUCGAGUGCAGCAGAAAGCAGCGAUGAGGAGGAGGACGAGGAACAGGCUGUGUCUGACGAGGACUCUGAUCCCGAGGAAGCCGAGAUCUGGAGGGUCAUGAGAGCUACCAUGCCUCGCGCCAACGACGAUCUUGGUAUCAGUGAGGAUGAAGACAUCGAUGAUGAUAUAAGCAUAUCCAGCGGCUCUCACGAGGAAAGCGAUGAUGAUGAGGACGAAGACGAGGACGAAGGCGAGGACGAUACCGAUGAGUCGGAAGUAGACGAAUCGGAAGACGAAGAGUCUGAAGAAGAGUCCGCCUCUGCGCCCAAAACAAAAACGGGCAAACGCGCCGCCCGGUCACCCUCCCCCGCCUUCUCAAAUUCCUCCUUCCCCAACUUUGACGACGAAGAUGACGAUGUCAAUGACUUGUCUGACGUUGACAUGCCCGAUAUCGUGCUUAAUGCCGAUUCGGACGACGACGAAGAGGAGGAGGACGAAGAUGAGAUCGGAAAGAAGAGGAAACAGAGGAACCAGGAGAGGAAGGAUAGGAAGAAGAAGAGAAGAGAAUUGCCGACUUUCGGUAGUUAUGAGGACUACGCGGCUCUUAUCGAGGCAGGAGGAGAGGAUCAGGAUCAGGGGUAA